AUGACUUCCACCGCCGUCUCACGCCCAAUGCGGCGGCGGCGCGCCGCUGCACCUGCAUUUUUCUUCCUGGCUCUCCUUCUUUCUCUCCUCACCUCUCAGAUCCCUAGCGCCGCCGCGCGGGUUCGGGUACCGAAGAAUUACAUCUUCCAGAACCUAAAUCUCCGGCGGGCAUACAUUGCCCUGCAGGCCUUGAAGAAGAACAUCCACUCAGAUCCGCUUAACACCACAAGGAACUGGAGGGGGCCUAACGUGUGCUCGUACAGAGGGAUCUUCUGCGCUCCCUCGCCGGCGAAUGAAUCGCUAACAGUGGUCGCCGGCAUCGACCUCAACCACGCGGACAUCGCCGGCUCCCUGCCGCCAGAGAUCGGUCUGCUCACGGAUCUGGCCUUGUUCCACCUCAAUUCCAACAGAUUCUGCGGCGUUGUCCCGAGAACCUUAGGUAAGCUCCGGCUUCUCUUCGAGCUCGAUCUGAGUAACAACCGAUUCGUCGGCGGUUUUCCGUCGGUGGUGCUGAACAUGACGUCCCUGAAGUUCCUGGACCUCCGGUUCAACGAGUUCGAGGGCCCCGUGCCGCCGGAGGUCUUUAACAAGGAUCUGGAUGCGCUUUUCCUCAAUCAUAACCGGUUCCGGUUCAGCCUGCCGGCCAAUCUCGGCAACUCGCCGGUUUCGGUUUUGGUCCUGGCGAACAAUAACUUCGGCGGAUGUAUUCCGGCUAGCAUUGGGAAGAUGGGUGGAACCUUGAACGAGCUGAUUCUGAUGAACGACAAUCUCACCGACUGCCUAACGCCGCAGAUCGGGAACCUGACGGAGUUGACGGUGUUUGACGUGAGCUUCAACAAACUCCGGGGGUCGCUGCCGGGGGAAAUCCGGCGGAUGCGAAAGCUGGAGCAGCUGAACGUGGCGCACAACCAGCUGACGGGGGUGGUGCCGGGCGACAUUUGCCAGCUGCCGCGGCUGGAGAACUUCACCUACUCGUACAAUUACUUCACGGGCGUGGAUCCAUCGUGCCUGGCGCGUGGGUAG